GUUGGAGAACAAUAAAUGCAAAUGCAGUCUCCAGUGCACAUAAGUUUUGACCCUACGAUCUCUGAGUUCUAUUUUAAAACUUAUGUUAACUUCACCAUAGUUUGGGUCAGCUGCCUCAUGCAGGUGGCUAAUGUAAAAGGUACAGUUUUGGUAUGCCACUACAUAUCUCUUUUAGGGCCUUCUCUUGGCAGGUAAGACUGUUUAAAAAAAAACAAGGGAUGCUGUUACCCUUUGCUUUUAAGAAACUGAAGAAGUAAUCGAUUGUACUGAGGGUGACACGCAGCAGGUAUAAAAAAUUACUUUCCGGUUGCCAUUCAACAUAUUUCUGUCAAAAUUUUUAGAUGCGACUAACACUGUAGAACAGCAGGAAGGUUCACUUACUUAUCUGCAUGAAAGGUACAGAAAUGAUUUUCUGGAUAUAUGUUUUAGUUUCUUCCCCCAUCAGUUUGAUCAACAGGAAAUCAGUGCUCUGGUGACUGUGGCGUUUGCUGAGUGGAAAGUUUAGGGCUCUAGGUUGUUAUCACUACUGUCUUACAGCCACAAGAGGAAUAGUUUUGUGUCAGGCUAAUCCUAUGCCUUGCCCAUGUGAUGUAUGUUCCCCUUAUAUGUGUGGGUUUGUUGCUUAGACAGUAGUUCUUUAGUUGUGGAUAGCUGGGAGCUUUGCAGGCGCCCAAGUGCUCGGAUCUGCUAAUGUUAACACACGCUUCCCCGCCCCCUUCUUCCCCUUCCUUCUUUGCAUAACUUGUGAUCGCAGAGCCAUGAAAGUAUGUGAGUCCCUCCCCCCAACACAGACCGAUCCCACCAGCAUAUGAUCUGAGCUCCAUGUCAGCCAGGACAGGCAGGACCGACUUGCUGGACUGCUGCGCAUAGCCAGAAAGAUGACCCUAACAAAAGAGAGUUUCAACGGGGCUCUUCCACCCGCUUCUGAGUUGGCCAAGUCCUACUUAGACAGCACCGAGGAGAAGGACGCUUCGCUGCAUUCUGUGACAAGGACUGGAGCGGUGGUGCCAAGGAAGCGAGCGGUGGGAAGGCUGGUCAUGCACAGCAUGGCGAUGUUCGGCCGAGAGUUCUGCUAUGCCACAGAGGCUGCCUUUGUCACGCCGGUGCUACUCAGUGUAGGGCUGCCCAGGAACUUCUACAGCCUGGUGUGGCUCAUCAGCCCUAUCCUGGGCUUCAUGCUGCAGCCCGUGGUAGGUUCAGCCAGUGAUCACUGCACCUGUAGCUGGGGCAGGAGGCGACCGUACAUUCUGGGUCUGGGCAUCAUAAUGCUAUUAGGCAUGGCUUUGUACCUCAAUGGGGACGUGAUGAUCUCAGCUGUCAUCGAAGAGAGACACAGUCGGCACACUUGGGCAAUAGUCGUUACCAUGCUGGGAGUAGUGCUUUUUGAUUUUGCAGCUGAUUUUAUUGAUGGCCCCAUCAAAGCAUAUUUAUUUGAUGUCUGCUCUCAUCAGGAUAAAGAGAAGGGUCUGCAUUACCACGCCCUCCUUACAGGUUUGGGAGGAGCCCUGGGUUACCUGACAGGCGCUAUGGAUUGGGGUAAAACUGUACUGGGACAAUCCUUGGCGUCAGAAUUCCAGGUGAUUUUCUUCUUCGCAGCCUUGGUUUUCCUAAUCUGCCUUAUCAUACAUCUGCGCAGUAUUCCUGAAGUCCCACUUAGAUAUGAAAACGAAGAGACAAAGAUCUUGUUGGAAGUGACCCAAUCCUAUAAAUAUAGCUCCAUAGAGGAGGAAAUCAAGAAUGGUUACUUGAAAUCAACAUGUACUGAAUUGAAGGCUGCUGCCAACCCAGGGAAAUGCUCAGCUGCAUCACAUACAGGGGAUCAAAGGCGGAUGACUCUUAGAUCACUCAUGAAGACAAUUCUAAGCAUGCCACCCCACUAUCGCUGUCUGUGUGUGAGCCACCUUUUUGGAUGGAUGGCUUUCCUAGCCAACAUGCUCUUCUUCACGGACUUCAUGGGACAGGUUGUAUAUCAGGGUAGUCCUUAUGCACCUCAUAACUCCACGCUUUACAUUACCUACAGAAAAGGAGUAGAAGCAGGAUGCUGGGGACUCUGCAUCAAUGCAAUUUCUUCAUCAGUCUAUUCUUACAUACAGAAAAUUCUUCUACCAUACAUAGGAUUAAAGGGACUUUAUUUCAUUGGAUACCUACUUUUUGGAUUGAGUACUGGAUUAAUUGGCUUGUUUCCCAAUUUCUAUUCCACUCUGGCUCUAUGUUCCCUCUUUGGCGUCAUGUCCAGUACGCUGUACACAGUGCCAUUCCACCUCAUUGCAGAGUAUCACAGGGAAGAAGAGAACCUGAAGCUGCAGGAAGGGGAAGAAGCUGGAAAAUAUGAGCGAGGGAAGGGCAUUGACUGUGCCGCUCUCACCUGCAUGGUCCAGCUAGCCCAGAUCAUUCUCGGUGUGGGCCUGGGGCUCUUGGUUAGUGUUGCUGGCAGUGCAGUCACUGUGAUUUCGGCAUCUACGGUGGCGCUAAUCGGUUGCUGCUUUGUUGCUUUUUGUGUUCGAUACGUGGAGUAGAACUGUGUGAAGCGAUUGGAAGAGAUCUCCCCAGGGGAGUGUUUUCUUUUUGGGUCAGUAGCACUGGUGCUGUUGCUGGCACAUCCUCCUCUCUUACCUCCUUGGAGCGGUUGCAAUCCCAGAGCUUUACGAAAUGGAGACUUGUUGAAAUUGAUUGCCUAAUGCCUCAGAUUGAAAGCUUCUGUAUUUUGACUGCUUUAUUACUUCAUUUCUGCCGACCUCAGUGUAAUAACAUAUUAUUACACAUGAUGGUGUGUAUGCCUAUGGUAUCUCAAUGUCCUGCGUGAGGGCACAUUAUGAAACUCCUCAUUAUCAAUUUGUGGAAGUUAAGAGAUGAUGUAUGUGAUAAAUUGAAGAAAUAAUUACAAUAGACAUAGUUAGGAAGAAAGUUGUUUUUCAACUCGUUUUUUACAAGUAUCUUAAGUUUGGGGAUAUUCCUUCUUGUAGUUAAAAGAUGCAGGAGGAACAAACAGGUGUCAGAGGCUGUGCAGGGAGCAAUUUUGUCCUCCUUACUAGUACUGUUGAAGGGGAUCAGUUAAUUCCUAGCUAUUGUAAAAAGCAGAUUUGUGUUUGAAAGAUGAUUGGAAUAUAUAAAAGAUUGAAGUGUGUUGUUUGAAUCCAUAACUGUAAAAUAAUUAUUUUAUAUGGGAUCCUACUACUUCUGCAUAAGUGGAGUAAAAGUACUGACUAAGCUUCUCAUGAAAGUCUGCCUAGGGCUGCUCCACAAAUCUGUGUGUAGGCAUCUAAACCAUCCAUCUAUGGGAAAUUUCUGCCAUUUCUUCCUUCUUAAAAAAACGUGCCUCUUGACUUUGAUAUUGUAAUAAAUGACAAAAUAAACUUGACCAAAAUAAGAAUUUUGUGAAUGGUUGUAAGCCACUUAAAUCUUGACAUUGUAUAUGACAGUAUUUACCUUAAAGUAGCACCUCUGUUUUCUUUUUCCUUCAUGUAUCUAUCUUUGAGUGAAAUGGCAUUUUCUUUUUACAGGAUAUUGUAAAUAAAUACAGUUCUGCAAAGCACUAUCAGGAAUUAUUGUACAAUUAAGUAAAUAUUUAAGUACAGUUGUUUGUACUUAAUUGCAUAUGAAACUUCAUUCUUAUUUUUAUGAUAUUGCCAAUGUUUUAAAAUCCCGUGUUUGUGAAAGUGAUAUACUGUACUGAUGGUGUGUUUCCUCUGUCUUGAAAACCAUCUUAUCCAUUUGCUGUGUUAGGUAUAAGCCACAUUAGGCCACCUACUAAUGCACUAUUGUUAAUGAACAGUGGCGUGGAGAGAAUGUUGCCAGGCAUUGUGUUUGGUUUCUUUUUUUUAAACAUUGCACAUGUAUAACUAACACUGUUUAGUUAAAUGCAAUGUUGAGCUGAUCAGCUCUUAGAAGCUUUGCAUGAUAUGAACUGACAAACACCACAAAUGAAUGGUUGGAUUUAAGCCUAAGGUGCCUCUGCAGAUAUGCACCAACUUCAUCUUUUUUGUAUGAGUUCAAGAGUAGAGCGGGUCAUUUAUUUUCAGGAAAAACAGUUUUGUCUUAGGCAAAAUCUUAUUAAUUAAAACUAUGGCAGCCUCAGCUGCCUUUUCUUGUUGAUGAUUGUGUCUCCACUGAAGGUCCAAAAUGGGGCUCAAUGCAAAGCAAAUGUUGCAUUUCUUCAUAGCUCCUUUAUCCUCCUUUACAAAAAAGUAACCUUUUAUGGUUUCUUUCAUUUUGUGGCUCUUCACUAAUUCCUCUCACAUCAAACCUGAGGAAGAGAAAAGCAACAUCUUGGAAGACUGUGCCCUUAAACUGUGCUUCAAACACUUGGUAGGUGCUGAAAUGGCUGGAGCACAAGGGCUUCAACUGGGACAAACAAAAGGACAGAAAAUGAAGCAUGUUUGUCCUCUCAGUUCACUUUAUGCCAUUAUUUACUCACCAACUUCCAUUAUCUCAGUAUCUCCCAGGAGGAGGAGUUUUUAAUGAAACAGUGAGGCUUUUGUGGAGCCAUAAAAAUAGAGAAGGGGGGAGAUGAUCUAGUUUUAUAGGACUGCAGGACCUGGAGCAACUAUGUAAACCCCAGGAACGUAGGACAUAAAACUCUGAUUCCAGUGUAAGGCUGGAAAAGGAAACUUUGCAAUUUUUACCUGUGUCUUUGUCAAUAUUUUCUUUGAGGUUCAGCACCAGCAGAGCAUUAAAAUUUGAAUGGUCAGUGCUAUCUCUGCUCUGUUACGCAAGGAGGAAACUGACAUUGAUUCAGGCUCACACAGUGACUGUAGGUCUGUAGCAAUAUAACAAUAAUUUUGAAAAUGCAGAGAGCAGAGAGAUGUGAACAUGACAUAUAUCAAUGUGUUUAUUUACAAAUUUAUCCAGGAGAAAACUGUUUUGGGAUUUCACAUCAUUAUUUUUCUCAUUAUCUUUCCUUUUAAAAUCCACUGUAUGCCUCAGACCAUAGAACAGAGUGGAGACGGUUUUUCUUUGGAAAUCUCUCCAUAGAAACAUCCUAUACUUGUUUCUAAGACUUCAAAAUAAAAUCUUUCUUAAAGGGUCUACAUCAAGAACAGCAAGCAGGCAAAAAAAAUACGUACAAUAUGAAAAACAGUAUUUAAAAUAGAAACGUUAUGAUAGUGCUCAUUCUGAAGUUGCAAACAUAUUGCAGGUGUUACAUAAAGGAAUCUAAAAUGUUAAUAAUUCAUAAAAGAGAUAAAAAUAAUAUUUUUUCAGCACUAGGUAUACUGAAAUGUUAAAAAUAUUAAAGGCAUUGAAGAACUGUACUGGGAUGCUGCUGAUUUAAGAAGUUCCACCUUUUCUGUCCUUUUACAGUAGUUCUGGAAUUGAGUUAUUAACAUGAUUAGUUGUGGUACGUAAUAUCCCCUUUUAUUGCAGUGAUGUGAGUUUAAAAGUUAGAAGUACACUGGGCUUGUUCUUUCUCAUCUGCUUUCAUUUUCCAUAUACGUAAAAUCAAAUAAAUAAAGAACUUCUCUAUAUCAUGUUUAUGCAAAUGAUACGUUCAGCUGAAGAAGAGAUGUCUUGAGAUAACCAUCCCCUCUUCUCUCCCACUUUAAUGGAAUUAAUCAUAGCUGAUUGAAAUGAGGCUGGAAACAAACCUGCGAUUUUAUCUUCAUGACACUUUGCUUUUUCCUUCUCUUACAAAGACCUGCCAUUUAUUUCCAUUUAAAAAUCAGGCACAUCAUGCAAGCAAACCAUUCAAAGAAGCUUUGGUUCUCUUGUUUAGAGGAUUUGCAGUUUUAACAAAGUCACAAUUCGGUUUGGUUUUUUUCCCCCCAGUGUUCCUUCUGUCUUUCACAAUGAUAUCUUCAAGUUUCUUUGAUUUCCUUGAAAACAAGCAGCUCAGGUGGUCUAUGGGAGAUAUUUCUCUUCCAGACAAACUACACAUCAGGAUGAAUCUUAAAUAUUUUUGCCCUGAAGAAUUUGCAGCUUUAGCAUUAGUGCCCAUGAAUCAGUACCAGUCCCUGCCACAUGUGAAAAGAUAAGGAGAAUGGUGUAAGUAGGAGAUGUGGCAAGAAUGGCAUUUGCUAUUUCUCAUCAGUAGAGGGAUUGCAUCAUGGAGGAAAAGAGUGCAAGUGCCUGCUGUAAAAAUUACCCAAAUUAUUUUUGGCAUGAUAAAGCUAUAAAAAAUUAUCUAUAAAGCAAUAUUUUCCCUUUAAAUUUCCAGCAUUUAUUUCUCAUUUCCCAGAUGCUCCUUAUUUGUUUAUUUAAGCAGCAAAUAAUCAGGGUCACUUGUCCAAUACAACACCGUGAAAAGCAAUUUCUCUUUAUGUUGUGUUCUAUGCUGUGGUUGUUUCAUAUGUUGCUAUUCUAGGCAUGCGAGGUGUAUUAAUCAGUUGUAUUUCCUGAAGUUUCUUCUUGGAAUUGAACUUCUUACCCCCCUAUGUGUUAAUAUUUUACCUGUUUGUUAAAGAUAGUGACUUCACAUUAUGCAGAGGCAUCAAACCAGAGAGCGUUGCCUUGUGUUGCUUCAGGUAAGUAUUUGCAGUAGUGGGAAGACAAAAUCCAGUAGUUUGACUCUGGACUGCACAGUAGGCUAAGAUAAGCAGCUCCUGCCUGUUCUUUUCAAGAAGGGAGCUCUGUGACCUUUUCUAGAGAAAAUG